CAAAAAAACAAGAGGAUAACGCAAAACCCUCCUUCCAGACGUCUUCUGCUUCUUCCUCCAAACAAUCUCCAAGGAAACGAAAAUGGCUGCCUCUUCCGCUUUUCUUUCUACUUUUAUUUCUCCCCAAACGGUCUCCUUCUCACCCAAAUCCUCCUCUUCUCUUCGCCUCCUUCCUCCAACUAGCGUGCGCAUGGUACGAACUGUGACCCUAGCCACCGCUUCACAGCCCGCCACCGGCCCCCGGACGCCACGCGGCAUCAUGAAGCCGCGUCGUGUAACGCCUGAGAUGCAGGAUGUCGUCGGAGUCCCUGAAAUUCCCCGAACUCAAGCCCUUAAGCAGAUUUGGGCUUACAUUAAAGAGCACAAUCUUCAGGACCCUGAAAACAAGAAGAUUAUAAACUGUGAUGAGAAGCUGAAGAAGAUAUUUGGUGGGAAAGAUCGCAUUGGAUUUCUUGAAAUUGCUGGGUUGAUUAGUCCUCACUUUCUUUGAUGAAUCCUAGCGAGAGAGAGUGUUGGUUUGGAGAAUAGGUAGGUAAAAACUUCAGUUGGUUGAUCCUCUCUUUGAAGAAAAUAAUGCUUUUUUGUUUUCAAUUUUAGCAGUGCUACUUGGUUACUACACAAGUACCUUUUUAAGGGUUUUGUUUUAUUUCCGCAUUCCCUAAUAUGUAGACUGCUUUUAUGAAAAUAUUAUUAGUGCAUUCAAUGUUUAUUAUGCAUUAUGAUCA